AUGGGGGAGAGUCAAUAUUUGCCUGGUCCACCCGGUUCCGAGUUCUUUUCUCCUCUCCUGACUAAAAUCGAUCGCAGAACUAAAGACGAGAUUACAAAAGGUCGCAGUCCGGGAUUCCAAGCUCUCGAACAACUGAACGAUUUCAUCCAAGAGCUCCGAUACACGGCACAUCGCUCCGAAGAAACGUGGCGUGAAAGUUAUGUGAACAGGGAUUCACCAACUCAUGAAGCAGAAGACUACUUAGAACCACAGAUGUUUCCAGAGGAUGCCUGUUCAGAACUUGCAGAUGUCAACAAUCAGGUUUCGCUUGCAACUUCGCAGGACCUAUCCUUUGAAGGAGAAAACUCUUUGAAUCUGUGCUCCCCAUCACAUGGAGAGUGCAACUCAGAUAAUUUUUUGACUUUAACCUCCAUCGAUCCUCAAGUGAUAUCAGAAGCCAGCGCAUAUCAACCUACACCUCCACCUCGGCCUUCUAAAAAGCGCAUAUGCUUGCCGGAAUCACUUGGCGGACACGUCCUUCGCGGAGAAAUAACUAAAACGAAAUCUAAGGUGAAAUCCACGCGUUCUAGUCAGAGGCAAACGAACCAGCCUGAAAGAGGGCGCACCAAGACCAUCGCAGUUUGUGCAGAGCUUGACUCUGUGGUGAACAGCCUAAUCCUGAGUGUUGCUGGGAUCCCGUCCAUUAUUCAGCUCAAACAAGCACUGCAGGUUCUGAGAGAACGACAGGUGGCGUCGAACAUGGGCCCAGCUCUCUCACCUAUUAAAGCAAUAUGGAAACAACUUGAUAUUUUGGAAUCCAGCACUCAUGCAAAUAAUGUCACUCAUCGGCUUUGUCUUGUCAGGUUGAACUCACGAAGAAAUGAAUUGAAAAUCCAGUUUGGCAGUGAAGUCAAGCGCAAAAGGCCGGAAACGUCGGUGAUCGACAAGAUCGCCGAGGAGGUUGAAGAGGAGGACCGAGACAAGGUGAAGAAUCGACUCCAUGCGGGCGUGAUCUGGGACGUGAUAUGUGAGCACUUUUCAAUUGGAAUCCUGGCGCUCAUACCCACUGGAAAGGCGGACUGUCCCAGCAAUGCUACGUAA